AUCGAGCGCGCGGAGGUUCUUUUUGUUUGAUUUCCGGAGCUUGCGGUAAAUUUAACCACAUCAACAAAGCUGAGCAAGGCAAGACGCGGGAAAGCAAAAGCCGAGGGAUCGGAGAUCCCUGUUCUUCAUGCAUCACCCUCUUGAGCAUCAUGCACAGGAGACAUCUUCAGGAAAUUCCAGAUUUGGGGAGCAACAUCACUACAAGUAUCCCAUGGAGCUGGCAUCCCAACAAGACUUCAGGUCUCCUCUCAGGCAUGGGAGUGUCUCCUCUUAAACUGGACAGUGAGAACACCCCCCAGGAUCUGUUGAUGUGUGUGGGUCCACCCACCAAGCGUCAGAAAGUGAGGGAAACCAAAUUUGUGAUUAUCCACCAGCCUAGACUGCUUCAAGAAAAAGUCGCAGGUGUUUCUUGGGAUACUUUGCCAGAUGAACUGCUGUUGGGAAUCUUUUCCUAUCUAAACUUGACUGAUUUGCUGAAAGUUUCCCAGGUUUGUCAGAGAUGGCAUCGCCUUUCGCUUGAUGAGUCGCUGUGGCAGAGUCUUGAUCUUGCAGGUAAAAAUCUUUUGCCAGGAGUGAUUGGCCAAUUGUUACCCUUGGGAAUAACCGCCUUCCGCUGUCCAAGGUCCUGCAUUGGGACACCUUUGUUUAAAACAAGCAGGGCUCUUUGUGUGCAACAUCUGGAUUUAUCGAAUUGUUCAAUAAAGGUUAUAGAUCUUGAGGGUAUCAUUGGCAGAUGCCAGAGUCUGCAGAAUCUCAGCCUAGAAGGUCUCAUACUUUCUUCGGAUAUAGUUAGAAGUAUAGCACAAAACCCCAACUUGGCCCGGCUAAACUUAUCUGGAUGUUCUGGAUUCUCUGCAGAUACUGUGGAAGUGUUGUUGAAAAGCUGUCUGAGGUUAGAAGAAUUGAAUUUAGGCUGGUGUGAUUUCACAGCUGAGCAUUUGAAGAACGUAGUCAGUCAUAUUCCUUCCAAACUAUUGCAAUUGAACCUUAGUGGAUACAGGCAGAAUCUCCUGAUCUCAGAUGUUAAAACAUUACUAGAGAGAUGUUCUGGUCUAAUUCAUUUAGAUUUGAGUGACAGUGUUAUGUUGAAGCCUGAAUGCUUUGCCUACUUCCACCGACUCACACGCCUUGAACACUUAAGUCUUAGUCGAUGCUAUCAAAUACCUCCCGCUGCUUUACUUGAGCUUGGUGAAAUUGCUACGCUCAAAACGCUGCAAGUUUUUGGAAUAGUGACUGCCAAUUCCCUACAGCUCUUAAAGGCGACGCUUCCGCAUAUAAAGAUCAAUACCUCCUAUUUUUCACCAAUUGCAAGGCCGACCAUUGGCUGCAAAAAGAACCAAGAAAUUUGGGGAAUCCAAUGCAAACUGAACUUGAGAAAUCUGGCUGGGGUUUAAUACAUCUCAAAAGACUCUUUGACUUCUACCAACAGCAUCAUGAGUUCCUCAAGUCUUCACUGUGGGGUUCUUGGCAUUCCGUUUUAACCUCAUAAUUUGCAGAUUUACCGACCUGAUUUUACCAGUUUAUGACCAAAUGCUAUCAAGUAUUUUACAAGUUGUAUUUUUUAAUGUUUUAUGUUCCAUGACUUAUGCUGAGGCCUAUCCAAGGAACGCUAAUCAUGCGCAAAUAGUUGCCGUGCAAUAUGCAUGCUUUCUUUGUGGAAACAUUUUUUUUAAAGGUAGCUCUAGUUAAUAAAACUUGUCCAAGUGUU